AUGAGCAAGCUAACCGUUCUCACUUUCGGGUACCUUUUCAUCAGCAAGCUAACCGUUCAAAUCAGUGCAAACGUUCAUAAUGGAAGUGUGGCUCUGUAUGGUGUGUUCGAUGGUCAUGGGCCUGCUGGACAUCGCUGUGCUGCAAUCGCACGAGGAUUCCUCCCCGAGCGAAUCUUCGGAGACCCAGAACUUUUGGUAAAUCCGCCGGAGGUGCGUAGAAGCGUUUCCAUCUUGUCCACUAACCACCCACGGGUCCUCGAAGGCCGGCAUCGGCGCUGGUACCACAGUGGCCCGCUCAGAGCCCAGCGGAUCAAAGAAGCCGGAGGGCACAUCUGCCUGGGCGGUGGCAAACGCGCCCGGUGCCCGGUUAUGCGCAAGCGCUCCAAAGUUUUUGCUGGCCGGAUCACGCAGUUGCAGUUGCGUCGAGCUGCAGGUCCACGUGCCGCCAAACAGGCUCACUCGCUCGCUCGCUGGGCCUGGCCAUUGGCCGUGAUUGUGGCAUCAGUGCUGAGCCACAGGCGCGUUGGAAAGUCGCAGGGCGCGACCUCAGAUCCGCAAGUCCUGAUCUCUGCCAGGAUGACGCCACCGCCAUCGCCGCCUCUCUGGGCCCUCUGCGUGGAGGGAAUAGAUGACAGCCUGGACAACUUGUUGACCAUCGACCAUGUUGACCUGGACAUGUAUUCGCUCGCCGUCGUUGCCGGUGCUGUACCUUUCGACGAAGCGGGUCGUGCGAAUCAGCAAAAGAUGUCUGUUGGCCAAGUGGCAGAUGCCGACUUCGCUGCUUCGCAGGCUGAAACCGAUGACUCCCUGAUCGUGGCUUUGAAUGCUCUGGCCUUGUGCAACAGGCGACAGGCAAAAGCGGCGGCGCCUCAACGCGUGGCCUUCGUGCCUUCAGUUCGCGUGUUCCGAUACCAGGAGCCUGGCAAGGAUCACGUGCACCUUCGCCGCUUGAUGCAGCUGCUGCUGCAUGCCAGGGAUGCUGCAGAGGUGCGGCGGAACCUUGCGGAGACGGAUGUACCAGACGUGAGUGUGCGGGGAGAAACGGAUCUGAGACGCUUGAGCGGCCUGAUCGAGUCACGCUUCCAACAAUCCUCUGUUGGAAUCGGCGAGCUUGUCGUCGUCCGGUGCAUGGGGAAAGAGGCCAUUGGAAAGAUGGUCAAAGCACUGGCUGCCGCGUGGACACGCUGCUCUCGCGUCCACGAGGGCCAUUUAAGCGAGGCAGGUCGGGAACAGAGUCAGCUUCAGGGUCGAUAG